CUGCCGAGCCGAGGGCGGCGCCAUGGCGGCCGGCAGUGCGGCCGGCGCGGCGCCGGUGUCGCUGGCGCUGCUCUGGUUCGCGGCGUCGCUGCUGUCCCGCGGCGCCGCGGGCUCGGAGGCAGUCGGGGCGGCGGAGCCGCCGGGCGGCGCGGGCCCGGGCGAGCGCUAUAAGAUCGAGGGCCGUGCCGUGGUGCCGGGCGUGAAGCCGCAGGACUGGAUCGCGGGGGCCCGGGUGCUCGUGGACGGGGAGGAGCACGUCGGCUUCCUCAAGACAGAUGGAAGUUUUGUGGUUCAUGAUAUACCUUCUGGAUCUUACGUAGUGGAAGUUAUAUCCCCUGCUCAUAAAUUUGAACCUGUUCGAGUUGACAUAACUUCAAAAGGCAAAAUGAGAGCAAGAUAUGUAAAUUACAUCAAAACUUCUGAAGUUGUAAGGCUGCCAUACCCACUUCAGAUGAAAUCUUCUGGACCUCCUUCAUACUUCAUAAAGAGAGAAUCUUGGGGAUGGACAGACUUCCUCAUGAAUCCUAUGGUGAUGAUGAUGGUUCUUCCAUUACUGAUAUUUGUGCUCUUGCCCAAAGUUGUCAACACCAGUGAUCCUGACAUGAGACGGGAAAUGGAGCAGUCGAUGAACAUGCUGAAUUCCAACCACGAGCUGCCAGAUGUCUCUGAAUUCAUGACAAGACUUUUCUCUUCAAAAUCUUCCAGCAAGUCUGGUAGUAGCAGCAGUAAAGCAGGGAAAAGUGGUGCUGGGAAAAGGAGGUAGUUAUGCCUUCCUCCUAGGCCUGAGGUUGCACAACUGUUUGUUAUGUGGUAUCAUGUUUAUUUGUCUUGAAAGAUCAAAAAGCCACUACUGUAAACUUUAAUCAGGCAUGAAAAUGAAGUGCUACAACUGUUGUGUGUAGCUUUUUUUAGUCUAUUUAAGCAGUUUUGUACUUGACAGUAAGCAAAAGAAGACUUGGCUUCAAUACUGUAUCUGUGUAAAGUCACUGAUAUACUGAUUUAAUUAUAUUGCUCUGUAGAGAAUGGUAUAAAUUAUAUGAUGUCAUAAACAGUA